CGUGCAGCUACAGUCAGUAGGGAAGUAAAGGCACUUCCUUCUUCCUACCCCACUGGCUGCACUCGAACCAGCCGCACACUAAAUAGGAAGUGUGAUUAUUCGAGGCGAUGGGGAUCCGGAGGCUCGUUGGAAACUGUCUCAUCUGACUUUGUGGUUUUGUUUUGUUUGUUUUUUUUGUUUGUUUUUUUUCUCUCUCUCUCUUGUCUUUAGUGAGAGUGACCGGGCGCACCGCCGAGCUGUAGUGUGUUCUGUUUAGUUCAAGCUGUUUUCUGUCACAAUGGCUGCGACGUAACGCGCAACUUUUUUUUUUUUUCCUUUCUGGAUGAACGAAGUGAGGUGCCGAUAAGUUUUUUUUUUUUCACACAUACAUACUGACUCAAGAGGUGGAAGAAAAAGGAGAUAAACAAUGAAGAAACAGUUUAACCGCAUGAGGCAGCUCGCCAACCAGACUGUGGGAAGGGCUGAGAAGACCGAGGUGCUGAGUGAUGACCUCCUACAGAUCGAGAGGCGGAUGGAGCUGGUGCGCCUGGUGUUGCACAACACGCACAAGAGGCUGGUGACCUGUCUGCAGGGUCAGCUGGGCACAGACACGGAGAAGAGACAUAAAAAGUUGCCCUUGACGUCGCUGUCCCAGGCCAUGCAGGAGGGCGGCAAUCAGCUGGGAGACGAGAGUCUGAUUGGGAAGAUGAUGGAUGUGUGUGGGGAGGCAGAGAGCAGGUUGGCCACUGAACUGAUGCAGCAUGAAGUCAAUCUUGAGAGAGAUAUCCUGGAUCCUCUCAACCAGCUGGCAGAGAUAGAGAUUCCGAACAUUCUGAAACAGAGAAAACAACUUGCCAAGUUGGUUCUGGACUACGACUCGGCCAAGACGAGGUAUUACCAGGCAGCCAAGUCCAACAACCCGACCAUGGCAGCUAAGGCCGACUCUCUCAAAGACGAGAUGGACGAGGCUCUCAACAAAGUAGAAAUAUGCAAGGACCAGCUCUCUGCAGAUAUGUACAACUUUGCUUCCAAAGAGGGAGACUAUGCACGCUAUUACGUCACGUUAUUAGAGGCCCAGGCAGACUACCACCGGAGGUCUCUGGCAGCUCUGGAGGCAGCUAUACCGACUAUCCAAAUACAGCAAGACUCCUGGAUGGAGAAGCCGGCGUUCGGCACGGCUCUGGAGGAGCACCUGAAGAGGAGUAACCGCGAGAUCGCUCUGCCCAUCGAGGCCUGCGUCAUGAUGCUGCUGGAGACCGGCAUGAAGGAGGAGGGUCUCUUCAGAAUAGCAGCCGGAGCUUCGAAGCUGAAGAAGCUAAAAGCGGCGCUGGACUGCUCCACCUCGCAGCUCGAGGAGUUCUACUCCGAUCCCCACGCCGUCGCCGGAGCCCUGAAGUCCUACCUCAGGGAACUUCCUGAACCUCUAAUGACUUUUGGCCUGUAUGACGAGUGGACACAGGCCUCCAAUGUGUCCGACCCUGACAAGAGGCUGCAGGCGUUGUGGGUGACAUGUGACGGUUUGCCUAAGAGUCACAAGGCAAACCUCAGGUAUCUGGUGAAGUUUCUGGCCAGACUGGCUCAGGACAGCGACGUCAAUAAGAUGACUCCCAGCAACAUCGCCAUCGUCCUGGGGCCCAACCUGCUCUGGGCUAAAACUGAGGGGACGCUGGCAGAGAUGGCAGCAGCUACAUCUGUCCACGUGGUUGCCAUCAUUGAGCCCAUUAUCCAGCACGCUGAUUGGUUCUUCCCUGAAGAGGUGGAAUUCAACGUUUCGGGCAUGUUCGCCUUGCCCUCCCACCCGCCCACCCCAGAUCCCGAACCCAGCCUGGAUAGAAAACGCCCCGGCAGCCUGGUGGGGCAGGACGGGGACAGUCACACCCCCCGUAAAGACAGCACUGUUAACAAACAGCCGGAGCCCGCUCCACGUAGAGCCAGCGCUGUAAAUAGAAAGCACCCAACCUCACCCACCUUCCAACCCCCACUGCCCCCUCUGGAAGCCGGGGUUCCUGCCCAGCCUGAGCCCCAGCCCCAGUUUCCGUCCCUGGCUACAGAGGCUGAGCAGCCUCUCCUGAGCAGUGGUGGUGGUGGUGGUGGCGGUGUUGGAGGUGGUCUGGGUGGUGGGGUCCAGGUAGCCACAGUGAAACCUCAGGUUCAGGUCCUCAGCGCAGAGGAGAGCAGCCCAGCCCGUGAGCUCAUGUCCACACCCCCUCCCCAGAGGAAUGGUUCGUUCCACCUUACAGUAGGAACCCCCCACUCGCAGGGUGGAUCCAGGGGGCCCAGUCCACACAUGGUUCGCAGAGGCACCAAGAAGCAGGCCCCAGCACCGCCCAAACAGGCCAGCCCCUUCGCCUCCCAGCCUGGGAACACCCACCCGCCUAUCACGCCCCGACGCAACCCCAGCAAAGACAGCCUCAUCCACGCCCCGAGCCACCCGCCCCCACAGCCUCCACCAGCCCACCAAGCACAGGGGGAGUCGGAGCCCUCCCCUCCCAGCAGCCCCACCCCUCCCGACACUCCGCCUCACGAUGGAUCGCACUCCAACCCGCUGUCUUACCACCACUCCGGGUCUCUCCCUCGCCCCUCCAGACCAGCUCCCAGACCGCGGCCCAGACCCAGCAUGCCGCCGCCCCCGCAACCUGCUGCGAAUGACAAUGGUAAUGGCAUCUGCAGCUCCGCCUCCAAGAUCAUAACAGACGGAGGCCUGGUCCUAAAGGGGAUGGGACGAGCCCUCAUCCCCGAGGUGGUUGAGGACCAACAAGGGGAAGGCUCUGCUGGACAAGAGCCCGCUGCUGCCGCCGCUACCAUCACCACCACCACCACCACCUCCUCAGCCCCGCCCCUAGAUCAGAUCCAGACAGAGAGCACUGCUCUGUGAGGGAUCAUCCAAAACCCUCCUUCGAACAGAUAUGUUCAAUUAUCAGACAGGUAACUCAUCGGUUCGCUCCAACUCUUCACGCACACGAUGCCAGACUCGGCUGCCUUUUCUUCUGUUUCCCCACCGAGACUCAGACCAGAAACCUCAUCUUGCAGUGGUGCUAUAAACCACACAACUCCUGUCCAGCUUUUAGACUUCAUAUCGAACCCCACUUUGUUCUGUUUACUGCUGGGUAUUUUAAGAUUGGACUGCAGAGCCUUGCUAGACUCGAGGGCUCAUGGGACAGCAGCUGAACUCGGGGAGUCUCCUACUGCCUUUUAAAAAUGUCGCCAUCGAUGCUACAGGCUCAGUGCCAUGAAUGUUUUUUGGAGACGGAAAUCUGGUUUUAGCACAAGGUCAGACCUGACGACCAGUAUUUUAAUAUUCAGCAACACAGUCGUGCGGUGAUCGCUGAUGAUUUAUUUACCAUGAAACACAAUCACGUUCCGGCGUUCUCAUAAUCAUUUUCCACUUUGUCAGUUUCAGCUGACUUUUCAAUAUGUGCCAAACACUUCAACAUAAAGGACCAAAGAAAUUGGCCAAAGGAAAAUUGACUAAAUUAAGAGCUGCUCGGCUUGUGUCAUGGUUGCUAAUGACCAAAUAUUUUGGCAAGAGUGCAAUAUAACAAUGCAGUUGUCCUCGAGUGGUGUCCUCUCCACAGCACAUACCUGUAUGCUGUAAUUUUUUUGGUAUUCCAGGUAGUUCUCAUGAUCCAGUAAGGGUAGAAUUUAAUUUUGUUUUCCAUCUGAAUUGUAUUUGAUUUUUAGCUGAAUUUAUUUCUUGGAUGAUUUUUAUCAUUAAAAGGGAUUUUUUUUUCUUACAAACUGAUUGUGAUAACUUGUACCUGAUCACUCCCACUCGAGCUCAAAGCUACAACCAAAUGCAGCGAAAUGAUAAUUAAAUUCCUCUUUGUGUAUUAUUAUUUUUUUAAUGCAGCUGAUGAUCUUUACCUUGUUGGGGUGUGUUUUUCAGCUUCUUUGAUUUAUGGUUUCUUUGUAUUUCCUCUUUUUUUCAGCAUUUUUAUGUUGGCUUUUCUGCACAUAAGGCAUCAUACAAUGCAUCAUUACUCUUGAUAAUUAAAGAUGGUUCAACAUUUUA